AUGUCUUCUCAGCCGAUCCAGAAAGUCGCAAUUGUUGGCGCCACCGGGCGCAUUGGAGGAGCCUUCGCCAAGGCCCUCGUCGAUGGUGGCAAGCAUACCGUCACAGCUCUGACUCGCGAAGAUAGCAAGGGCAAAGUCCCCGACGGUGUCCACGUCGAGAAGGUGAACUAUGACGACGAGGCUUCCAUCAUCAAGGCCUUAAAGGGACAGCAAUUUGUUGCUAUCACUCUCGGAGUUCGAGCCCCGGACGACCUUCAUAGCCGAAUUUGUGCUGCUGCAGGCAAGGCCGGUGUGUCCUAUAUCAUGCCUAAUGCCUACGGCUACCCACUCGCCCCCGGCGAUGUGGGGGAGGAAGGAUCUUAUUCGAGGUUGGUUGUGGACCGUGUCAAUGACACCAAAAAUGGGGUUUCGUCAUACAUUAAGUUGUCGUGUGGAUUCUGGUAUGAAUGGAGCCUGGCUAUCGGCGAACAGUGGUUCGGCUUUACAAUCAAGGAUCGCAAAGUCACCUUCUUCGAUGAUGGCAAGCGCACUAUCACUGUCAGCUCAUGGGAUCAAUGUGGACGCGCUCUGGCAGCACUCGUUAGUCUUCCCGAGUCGGGCAGCUCUCCGUCGCUGGCCGAUUAUAAGAACGAAGAUUGUCCGAUCUGUAGCUUCCGUGUCUCACAACGGGACAUGCUGGACAGCCUUCACCGUGUGCUAGGCACCACCGACUCCGACUGGGAGAUCACCUAUGAGCCUGUGGAGAAGCGCAUUGCAGAUGGCACCAAUGACCUUUCCCAGGGAAAUUUCACUGGGUUUGCCAAGAAAUUGUAUGGAGGUGUGUUUUUGGCCUCCAAUCCCACCAGCGACUUUGCUGCCACGAAAUCGGCCAAUGAAGCUCUCGCACUGCCCAAGGAGGAUCUCGAUGAGGCCACAAAAAGGACAGUGGCAAUGGUUGAAAGUGGAUGGAAUCCUUUUGCGGAUAUGUAA